GCCAUGGAGGGCACCGACGACAGCGGCGCCGCAGCCCCCCCUCUGCCGAACCUCACCCCCCGGCACCGGCAGCUCAUCCCCACGCCCUGCGGCCCCAUAAAACCUUGUUCAGAGCUAUCAUUUCCUGUGAAGAUCUACUUCUGUGUCACUAUUUUAUCUCUACUAAGUGUAAUAGGGCUAACCAUAGAGACACUCGUUCGACAAACUGAGGAAGAUUUCACCAUUUCUCUUAUUCAGUUAGUUGGAGUUGUGUUCUGUGUAUACUAUGUGACUAGAGGAAUCCUGCAGGAGAAUCGCCAGGAGCUCAUCGUCUUUGUUCUUUCCAUCUUGCUAGUGAUGUUUCGUUCCAUUGUCAACUUCACAGUUCUCUCUGCUGAGCAAAAGCCGAAACUCCUGGCCCGCUUCAUUCUGAUCCUCUUGGUUGGCUCCUUUGAUGUGAUCUGUGCCAUCAUGCUCAUUCAGAGUCAAAGCAUGAUGGCCUUUCGAGUGGGUGGUGCUCUAGAAAGCCUACAGUCACAAUACUUCAUGCUGAACCUCUGUUUUUCCAUGUUGACCUUUGAUCUUCAGGCACAGCUCUGCUUGUGUAUUCUGCUGAUAAGCCUGCAUGAGAUCACACUUCUACAUAACAUCAUCUCAGCAACAGGGGUUCUUUGGGCCUGCCUGAAGGUGACCAUUAGCAUCAUUGCAAUUUUAAAAGAACUGAAACCUCUAGUGUGGAUUUUUCUAAGUCAGAAUGUACCUGAAGUAGUUUAUCUCAUCUACCUGCUUUACACGGUGAUAAGAGAGUGGGGCAAAGGGAAUUCGUACACUCUGGAAGCUGCUUUUAUUACCGGCUCUUGCAUUUCUGUUGCAAUAAAAUCUGUUUUGUUUUGGGCACUGAUUCAUGUCUACCGCAGCUUUGGGCAGGGGCUGAGAGAAAGAAUGUUUUCUUCCUAUGGAAGGAUCGACUCCUGAGCAUCCCCCUUGUGUUCUAUCUGCAGCUCUUACAGAGUGAAACCAUAGCCGGGGAAGUUCUGAUCAAGUAUUUGCAUUCAGGAUGUAAGAUAAUGGGUCAGUUUCACAGAGGUAGAAGAAGUGGCUCAGAAGGAUGUCUAUACAUUUCUUGGUUUGUAUUGUGCUAGGGAACUAGAGCAGUGCAGCUAGUAACUUAGUUUAAAAAGCAAAGUGUGCUCGGGAAAUUAACAGUAAUCUUCUCAAUUCAGUGAGUUUUGCUGACAGGACAAUGCAUCUUUCACUCCUUGUUUUCCUGAUGUUGCUUUGUAACCACAGGAGGUUCACAACAUGCAUGUGAGUAGAGAACGUUGUUAAUAUAAAUGCUGUUUUUCUGGGUAUACACAAACAUAAUGAAAAUAAUUUGCACACCCAUCUUAUAUACCAGAGUCUAGAAGUGGAUUGCCCUACCAUCAUUUCUCAACUCAGAUCUGUUGCUGAACAGAGGUCAAGCCCCAAAGUUGUUUUGAUGACAGCUGUAUUCCAUAAUCUCCACUAUGGCUGUGUGCUGGCUUAACCCCAACAGAAUGGCUAGGGCUCUUGUUCCUCCUCUGACUUCAGAAUAUUUCAAUAUUUUGGGGGUUUUUUUUAAUCCCGGCUACACAUGAAAACUACACAAUGUAAUCUCAUGCCUUCCUAUAGUGUAUCUAACCGAUGUGCCAUUUCAUACACCACGGUGACUGUUAAACUAAGCCUUUAAUAUUGUAAUUUAAAAGUUUGGUAUUUUAUUGAUUGGAACCUUUAGCUACUGGCUGUCUAUUUUUUAAUAAAGUAUAAACACAGUU